AUGGCAAUUUCUGACUGUUUUAUUGGUAAAGUUUAUAGUUCCUUCUCCAAUGAUGGCCUACAAUUCGCUGCACCAUUGUCUUCCUUAAGGGUUAAUGAAAUCGAAUUGGUGAAAGGUGUGUUGCAUAUUUGCCAAGGUUUUUCAAGUUUUUUGUUUUACUGGGACGAAAAUGGGCAGUGCUAUGGAGUCAAGAGUGGGAUUUAUGUCUCCCAUCUUACACAGACGAGUCUUCGCGGCAUUCUUGCUCAGUUUGUUCAUGCUGCCACUUGUUUAAAAUCUGUUGAAAUUAUUCUGAACAAGAUCGAGAAGGCUUCAGUAGCACCUCCGCCUACAUUGAGAGCAUUCACUUGCUCUGUUUCUGCCUGGCUUAGAAAAUUACGAGAUUUUGCUUUGCGAGAGGAGGAAAAGAUAAGCACCUCUGAUGACAAAACAGUUCCAACCCUUCUGGGAUUGUCUAAUUCCUUAUCAAGUCUAUGCUCCGGAGCUGAAUGUUUGAUGCAAAUUGUAAAUGAUUCUGUUCCAGGAAUCUAUUUUGAACUCAAUCAUUCUGUUGCAGCAGCAGAUAUUGCGACUCACAUUCUAAACCAGCUUUACAGGAAGCUCAAUGAAAUUUGUCUCUUGCAAGGGGGUGAGGAGGAUUCUUACAAGAUGCUACUCUACAUAUUCACGGGGACUAUAUUGCCUUAUAUUGAAGUUCUGGACUCCUGGCUUUUUGAAGGAACUCUAGAUGAUCCUGUUGGGGAGAUGUUCUUCUAUGCUAACAAAACAAUUGCAAUUGAUGAGACUGAUUUUUGGGAGAAAAGCUACCUGCUUCGCUCAAAAACAUAUGAAAAACUUGAUCGUCAUGCUUCUCCAUCUGAUGUUAUUCUAACUCUAAAGGAGAAAAAGGAUAUGACCAGAAGAGAGUCUAGUUCUUCCAGAGAAAUCGAGGGCAAGGAUGGUGAAUACCAUGUCUGUCCUUUGUUCAUCAAAGAAAUGGGCAAGGCGAUUGUGUCUGCUGGGAAAUCAUUACAACUUAUUAGACAUGCUCCUUUGAAAUCCUUUUUAGAGUCUCAUACUUAUAGACAUGAAAUUGGGAGAUGCGUAGCUGGAUUAACAUUAUCAGAGGCCUUUUGUGUAUCACUGGCAGCUCUUAUUGGUUGUGGUGACCACAUUGCUGACUACGUUUGGCAUGAUAAUUUGAUUUUUACUUCAUCUGAAUCUCAUGGUGGGAAGUGUAAAGAACAAGGCAAUGAUGUGAUCUUGCCAUCCAUUUCGUCAGAUAAGGUCUGGAAUAAGUUCUUGGCUGUUACGUUGCAGCAGAAAAGACGUGGUGAUCUUGGAUUCACGCAUAGAAAAACAUCUCCUUCUAAUUUGGACAAAGGAAAUGUAAUGUCUGAUGCAUUUUAUGACAUUCCCUGUGUUGAAGCAUUCUGUCCUGAGAAUCCCACUAUGACUGUUUGUCAGAAGCUCCUCCAAAAGGAGAAGGAUUCUUGGAGCGCAUUAAGUUUGUCUAGAAAUAUGCAUCUUCCACCUUUAGAUGAUGAGGAAUUAAGGAAUGCUGUAUUUGAUAGGACCGAAGGAUCUGGUUUGGGUGAGAGAAGCACUAAUUUCAGGUUUGGAUUUGGGUUUGACAAAUCUGAAUUUCAUCGUCAAAAAGAAGAAACCAAAAUGCUGGAGAUGUUAUUUCCUUUUCCAACUUUGCUUCCGUCUUUUCAGGAGGACCUUUGUAUAUCAGAGUUUCUGCCUUUUGAAAAAAAUAGUACCCUUUCAUCAAGAACUCUUAAUUGGAUACAAGGUGUAGAGCCAAAGAUCACUCCACUCCCUGUUGUUAUUAUGCAGGAAUGCCUUCUUACCUACAUAAAGAAGCAGGCUGAUUACAUAGGCAGGAAUAUAUUGACCAAGUUGCUACAUGAUUGGAGACUACUGGAUGAGCUAGGGGUAUUGCGUGCUAUAUAUUUGUUAGGUUCAGGGGAUUUAUUGCAGCACUUCUUGUUGGUGGUUUUUAAUAAGUUAGACAAAGGAGAAGCUUUGGAUGAUGAUUUCGAGUUGAACACUAUUUUGCAGGAAUCUGUCCGAAACUCUGCUGAUGGCUCGUUAUUAAGCUCACCGGAUUCGUUAGUUGUUUCAGUCAGUAAAUCUGUUGACAAAAGUGAGGAUGAACAAUAUGGUGCUGCUGUUCCUGCCUCAACUCCUCGCAGAAGUCGACUGCAGACUGCAGGAAUUGACGUCCUUCAGUCGCUGACAUUUACAUACAAGGUGUCAUGGCCACUUGAACUUUUAGCUAAUGCUGAGGCAUUAAAGAAGUAUAAUCAGGUGAUGGUUUUCCUGUUGAAGGUCAGGAGAGCAAAGUUUGUUCUUGAUAAGGCUCGAAGGUGGAUGUUGAAGGAUCGAAGCACUGCUACAACUACACGCAAACACCAUUGGUUGCUAGAACAGAAAUUACUGCAUUUUGUGGAUGCCUUUCAUCAGUACGUCAUGGACAGAGUGUAUCAUAGUGCAUGGCGUGAGCUAUGUGAAGGUGUGGCAGCGGCGAGAUCAUUGGAUGAAGUCAUUGAAGUGCAUGAAUCGUAUCUGUUGUCAAUUCAGAGACAGUGCUUUGUUGUUCCUGAUAAGCUGUGGGCGUUGAUUGCUAACCGGCUCAACAACAUCCUUGGACUAGCCCUGGACUUCUAUGCGGUCCAGCAGACUCUGAGCAGUGGAGGAGCUAUGUCUGCAGUUAAAGCAAGAUGCGAGAUGGAAAUAGAUCGGAUAGAAAAACAAUUUGACGACUGCAUAACUUUCCUUCUCAGAAUAUUAUCCUUCAAGCUGAAUGUGGGGCAGUUUCCGCAUUUAGCAGAUUUGGUUACCAGACUAAAUUAUAACUAUUUCUACAUGUCGGAUAGCGGAAGCUUGGUAACCAGUGCUGGCUCAGAAACCAUUUCUUCCAAGAUAGGGAAAACCUUCUAG